GUCUCUGGCGCCCCCCUGAACGCUUAGAGGUGUGGCGGGGUUCUCAGCUGGGGGAAGAGUCGCUGAGUGUCGCUGGGGACAAAGGCGUGAGUGAGGAGCGGACUGAAGCAUCAAGCGCGUAGAAGGCAGAGCGUCCGCACACCAAAGGUCGGAGGAAAGGACUUCCAGAGACUUCGGCACCUCGCGGCUCCUCCCGGAGAACGGCCGCACCUGAACACGAAGCCCUCCAGUGCGCGUGCGCAGCAAGGGGCUUCCCGCAGCCGAUCGCGAGACCCCAACGGCCGACUGCUCGAGGGCCUGGGCGUCCGGUGGAGCCGGUCAUGGCGCAGCUGUGUGGGCCGAGGCAGUGCUGGGCUCUGCUUGCCCUACUGGGAGCGCUGCUCCUCUCCGGGGCCGCGGCGGCCGACGGAGAACCCGGCAUCCACGACUUUUGCCGAGUUUCAAAGGUGGUGGGGAGAUGCCGGGCCUCCAUCCUUAGGUGGUGGUAUAAUGUUACUGAUGGAUCCUGCCAGCAGUUUGUGUAUGGAGGCUGUGAAGGAAAUGACAAUAAUUACCAGAGCAAGGAGGAGUGUCUUGAGAAAUGUUCUGGUGUCACAGAGAAUUCCAUUGAUGAUCUGGCCACCAGCAGGAACGGAGCAGAUACCUCUGCACCAAGUGUUCCCAGAAGGAAGGACUCUGAUGACGUCUCCAGCGAUAUUUUCAACUAUGAAGAAUAUUGCAUUGCCAAGGCAGUCACCGGGCCUUGCCGUGCAGCCUUCCCACGCUGGUACUUUGAUGCCGAGAAGAACUCCUGUGACUAUUUCAUCUAUGGAGGGUGCCGGGGCAAUAAAAACAGCUACCUCUCCAAGGAGGCAUGCAUGCAGCGCUGCUUUGGCAAGCAGAUGUAUCCAGUCCUGCCCCCUGGCACUAAAGUGGUGGUCCUGGCAGGGCUGUUCGUGGUGGUCCUGAUCCUCUUCCUGGGAGCCUCUGUGGUCUGCCUGAUCCGGGUGGCACGAAGGAACCAGGAGCGGGCCCUUCGCACUGUCUGGAGCUCUGCAGAUGACAAGGAGCAGCUGGUGAAGAACACAGACGUCCUGUAAAUGCCCUGUCACCAGGAGAACUGGGAAAGGGAGGGGAGAACGUGUGUGUGCUUUUUUAAAAGAAUGAUUGAUUUGUAUUUUAUCAUUAGGGCUUUGGUCUGUUUUGUUAACUCCAGAAGGUAAGAAGGCUGCUUUCUGGUCUCACCAGGGUGGGUUUGCUUUGGGAAUUCUCUUGGGGAAGGGCUGUGUUUGACAUUGCUAAUGGUCUGGUAGCAGCCCAGAGUUGUUUCCUUGUUGAUUUACUUUGUUCCUCUUGGUAUAGUUUUCUUUGCUUAUGUUGAAUCCCAUUGUCUCCUUUCCCAUCAGAAAAAUGAUGUUAUAAUAGUUUCCAUUGUUUGAUUGAUUAAUGUUUUUUUUUGUAAGCAAGCAGAAACAAAAGGUUUUUUUUUUUAUUAGGAUUCUGAAAGGAAGAAGGUAAAAUGUACAAGUUUAAUAAAAAGGGCUUUCCCUUUUAAAAUAAA